AAAUCAAGAAAUCAAAAUUAAAGUAAGCCUUGCAGUAUACGUUCCUAUUUUAAAAUGGUAUUUGAAAGAAAUCUUACGGAUUUAGUUCGUGGUCUUCGCAGCCACAAGGAGAAUGAGGCUAAAUUCAUUACAACUUGCUUGGAUGAAAUCAAACAAGAACUAAAGCAAGAAAAUUCGAAUGUGAAAGCUAAUGCAACUCUCAAAUUGGUUUAUAUCCAAAUGUUGGGAUAUGAUAUCAGCUGGGCUGCUUUCAAUAUCAUCGAAGUUAUGAGUUCAUCAAAGUUUACUUUUAAGCGUAUUGGAUAUCUUGGGGCAUCACAAUGUUUCCAUGAAGAACUUGAUAUACUGAUGCUCACCACUAAUAUGGUUGAAAAGGACUUGGCAAGCACAAACAUGUAUGAUGCUGGAGUAGCUUUGAAUGGUCUUUCAUGUUUUGUCACUCCAGAUUUAGCGAGAGAUCUUGCUAAUGAUGUGACUAAUCUGCUUGUUGCUACUCGUCCAUAUGUGAGAAAAAGAGGAAUUUUAUUGCUUUUUAAGAUUUUCUUGAAGUUUCCAGAGGCUUUACGUCCGUCAUUUCCUCGACUGAAGGAUAAAUUGGAAGACGACGAACCAGGCGUGCAAUCAGCAGCUGUAAAUGUGAUUUGUGAACUUGCUCGAAAGAAUCCCAAGAAUUAUCUUUCUUUGGCACCUGUCUUCUUCAAAUUAAUGAACAGCUCAACAAACAACUGGACGUUAAUUAAAAUUAUUAAACUGUUUGGAGCCUUAUGUCCAUUAGAGCCUCGCUUGGGGAAAAAAAUGAUCGAACCAUUAACUAAUCUUAUUCACACAACAUCUGCAAUGUCUCUACUGUACGAAUGUGUUAAUACGAUGAUAGCAGGAGUUCCAAACCACAAUUCUUCUAUGCAGCUUUGUGUGCAAAAAUUGCGAAUUUUUAUCGAAGACUGUGAUCAAAACCUCAAAUACCUCGGAUUGCUGGCCAUGUCUAAAAUUUUGAAAGUUCAUCCCAAAGCUGUGAUGCCUUUAAAAGACAUUAUUUUACAAUGUUUGGAUGAUAAGGACGAGUUUAUUCGUCGAAGGGCACUCGAUCUCAUCGUUGGAAUGGUAAACAAAAAGAAUUUAAUGGAUAUCGUUAAGAAACUUACUCAUCAAGCUGAAAAAUGUGACAGCUCUGGUUACCGCGAUGAACUUAUAUCGAAAAUAAUAAUGGUGUGCAGUCAGUCUGAUUAUCAUCAUAUCACAAAUUUUGAAUGGUACAUCGAUGUUUUGAUCCAGUUAACUAAGAUUGAGGGCACUAGACAUGGGAAACUUAUUGCCGCUCAAAUGCUGGAUGUUCCAAUUCGCGUCAAAGCUGUGAGGUCUUAUGCAGUACAAUGUUUGUCUUUCCUGCUAGACAGUUCGGAUCUUUUGAGUGGCUCCAUUCAAAAGCAUGGGAUGUGUGAAGUCUUGUUUGCUGCAGCCUGGAUUUGUGGAGAGUUUGCUCAUUUUCUCUCUGACCAGAAGGUCGUACUAAUGUUCAUGUUAAAGUCACGUGUGUCUUCAUUACCUGGACAUAUUCAGAGUGUCUACGUGCAAAAUAUUCUUAAACUUUAUUCUUACAUCAUGGCUAAGGCGGAAGAAAAGGGAGAUAUGGAUGAAGCUCAAGACCUGGGACAACUUAUUGUCGAUAAGUUGCCAAUGUUUACUCAAAGUAGUGAUCUUGAAGUGCAGGAAAGGGCAUGUGUUGGUCUUCAAUUGAUCAAAUAUGUUCUUAAGCUUCAAGCUAAAGGUUUUCAAUGUUCAGCGGAAGUAUCUUUACUUUUUACUGGCGAACUUAAUCCUGUCGCAACUAAAGCUCAAAAGAAAGUGCCGAUUCCUGAAGGACUUGAUCUUGACAAAUGGAUCAACGACCCCCCUGAAAGCUCUGAUGAGGAAGAAGACGAUGAAGACAUCAACAACAUGUUUUUUGAGAACGAUAGAUCUGAAAAACCCUAUCAAAAGAAAGAGUCUAAAAUUGAUGAAAAGGAAUUGGAAAAGCUGAGAGAGAAAAGACGCGAGGAACAAAUGCACAAUCCUCAUUAUUUGAAAGGAAGCACAAGUAGCAAGGCAAAGAGUUCAACGCAGAUAAAAAUUGAAGAUAUUCCUGUGUCAGCCUUGGAGAUUCCCAUAUCUUUACACAUUGAGGGUUCUGGUGUGUCGAAAUCUCGAAAGUCUAAGAAUAAAAAAAAAAGAGGAAAGAAAGGUAGAAAAGGAGACUCAGAUUCUGAAGAAGAUCAUCGUCCAAUAUAUGAAGUUUUAAAAACAGUCGAAGGAGAAAUGCCUGAAAAUGCUCGUGCCUCAGACGACGAAGUAGAAGAAAAGACUGACGUCAACGACCCCCAUAGUUUACUGAAUGUCGAUCUUGACAAACCUCUAGAUGACAAUGAGAAGUUACCUGUUCGAACACAUCGAGUCACAUCACCUCAAGCGGAGAAAACUGAAGAAGUGGAGGAAGAAAAGAAAAAGGAAAAACGUAAGAAGAAAGAGAAACAUCACAGUAAAAAAUCACAUAAAGAAGGCAAAAGGCAUCGACAUGGUAAAUCUAAACAUGACAAAGAAAAGAAAAAGCAAACGGAAGAUAUACAAGAAAAUAGUGGGGAACUUGUGUUGGAUGCCACAACUGAGACAGCAGUAUGUGAGCCAGCGGAGGCAGAUGUAAAGGAUGUAGAAGGGAAGAAAUCUCCGGACAUAAACGAUAUUGACUACUGGUUAAAUACGCCUGAAUCAAAACCAGCAACAGCAACACUGACAGCUACGGAGAAGGUAAGCGAAGCUCCUCAAGACUCCCAACAGCAACAAGGAAAUGUAGAAAACUUGAAAUCGUCAAAGUCAAAGAAAAGUAAAUCUGAAAAAAAAACCAAGGAAAAGAAACACAAACGAGACAAAAAGAAAACACGAGAAGAACCGGUGGUUGACGUUAGUCAGACUGAUGUUGCUACAGAAGAAAAUUCAAUGAUUCAUUUGGUUGAUGUAGAGCCAGAACCUGAGGAGACGACUAAGUACAAGUUACUUGCUGAAGACAAGAAUAUUCAAUUGAUGUAUGAUAUUAAACCUAAUCCACAGGUGACUGGACAAAUUGUUGCCAUGAUUAUAUUUAGUAAUCGCACACAAAUGCAGAUCAAGAACCUGGAAAUGAAUAUCAUGGAUACAUUGAACACAAAACUGAUUCGACCGAUGAAUCAUACUUCACAUGAUGCAGUUAAAGUUCCUUUUCAAUUACCUGCAGGUGCUUCAAACGAAGGCCAAUUUGCUUUCGCCUCUGAGAAAAUUGGAUUUCCUCAGAAGUUAAGAUCAACACUUACCUAUAUGAUACAGUACGAUGAUGGUUCCACAAGUGAGAAACUUGACUUUAAGCUUCCUCUCCCGUGUUCAUCUUACAUAGUACCAACUGCUUGUUCAAGUGACAACUUUGCAGCAUUAUUGAGCAGUGGUGAUCUGUCAGAAAAAAUUUCCACAGAGGAAACGAUUUCUGCGGAAGUUGGAUUUACUGUUAUCAUCUCAAAGAUCUGCUACAGCCUUCAUUUGUCUGUUGUCGAACGGGUUGAUAACAGUGCUUCGUUAUUUGGAAGAUCAAUUCUUCAGGAUAACUUGUGUUUUCUUGUUAAAAAGAACGAAACUACAGUAACAGUAGAUGCAAAAUCUAGUGAUAACUCUUUAUUGUUAAAUAUUUUUGAAGAAGUGAAAUCGUUACUGAAAGAUCUACGUUAAGGAUUAUACUCCUAACGUAGCUAAUGGAAUUUUAUUACGUUGUAAUCAAUGUGGGCAAAGAAUUUUUCCAAAUAAAUUCAUCAAAUUUGUAUUCA